GUGUAUUUUUUAGUUUUUAAUAAUUUUAUUUAAGCCAAAUGGAUUUGGGAGAUCCGUCGUUGAAGCCAAUUAAAGUGUUGGGAACCGGUACUUUUGGAAGAGUGUUUCUCUGCAAGUACCGUAAUAAUCAAAUGGUUUGUGUAAAACGUAUAAUUGUGCAGAAUCCCAAACAAGAUAUGAAAAUGAUCAUGGAAGAGGUAUAUAUAAUAUCGCAGGUACGUCAUCCAAAUAUAAUACAGUUUAUUGGUUCAUUUGUUCAUUCCGGAACUGUCAAUAUAAUUAUGGAAUAUGCAGCGAACGGCACGCUCAUGGAUAUAAUCAAUCAAUCGCGAGCAGUGGGAUUUUCCAUUGCCAACAUUCUACGUUAUUUCUGUGACAUCCUAAUGGGUUUGGAAUAUUUGCAUAUACGUCAUGUUUUCCAUCGCGAUCUCAAGCCGGCUAAUCUAUUGAUCGAUUUAAAUGAUCACAUCCAAAUUGCUGAUUUCGGAAUUUCUCUAAUACACUCUCCAAAUAAAGCGAAUGGCAACGCAGCAGGUACUGCAUUCUAUUCGGCUCCAGAGGUUUUGCGUGGUGAUAAGUAUGACUACAAGUCGGAUGUAUGGUCUUUGGGUUGUAUACUUUACGAAAUGUGUGUGGGUCAUAGUCCAUUUUCUCAGGCGCACAACAUGGACGAUCUGGUAUAUUUAAUUAAAGUUCUAACACGGCAUAAACUGAACUGCAGUUUUAUACGUAACAAAUAUGGUUCCUUGUGGGCCAAUCUAUGUGAACAAAUGAUAACGACUAAUUUACAACAACGUAUUUCCCUACCCGAAGUACUGUCUAUGGAUCCAGCUCUAACUAUUCCAUAUUAUAAUAAAUAUUUUGAUUAUAAGUAUUGAUUAGAAUUAGAUUACCCUGAAAUAUUGUAUGAGGUCCAUGUUAAGACUCGUUUUGAUGUUUGAUGUUAAUUUGUCAUUUCAUGUAAUUCUGAUAAUACUCAAUGUUCUGUAGUUAAAAUACGAAUGAUUAAAUAAAUUUAAUACAUAUUUUAUGAUAAUUUA